AUGAAAACAUUCAGAAAAAAUCCUUCUAAAAUUAUUAAUAACAGUGUCUUAAUUAAUAAGAAAAAUAGGAUAUCAAAGGUUUUUAAAAAAAUACAACUAUAAAUUCAGAAAAAAAAAAAAAUUUGGUAAGUAGGUACAAUCGAGAAGAAAAAUCGCAUGUGCAAUGAUACCACAGGAAAAUUAAUCAAUAUUUAAUUCGGCAUAACAUUUAAAAAUGAUAAUAGAAUAGAAUAUAUUAAAGAUGGAGCAAUCAUUAGGAGGUAUGAUUACCAAUAUUUAUUAAUCUUAUUAGUGAUUCGAUCAAAGAAAUAUCAAAGAAACCUAAAGUAAUGACUAAUAUGGAUCAAAUAAUGAACUUGAAUUGGGUUGGAUAAUAUGGAUAAAAUAAUUUAAAGAUUGGUAAAUGGACGAUUAAAUGGGAAGGAAAAAUUUUAUAAGAUGUGGGAGGAGAGUACUCCGUUGAUGAAAAAAAAUAAGGCAAGUGGAAGGAAAUAAUUAAGAAUUAUUGGAGGUAGAUUAUUAACAUCUAUAAUUCCAUAGUAAAGCCUAGGUCUAUAAAGUUGGAGAAUAUUAGAAUGGAUUAAGAACUGGGAAGUGGAAGUAUAUUUAUGGAGAAAAUGUUAUGUAUUGAAAUAAAUUAUUGAUAACUAGUGGUGGUGGNGUAUUUCAUAAAAAAGAUAAUGAGAAUAAUUGA